UUCAUCUAGUGUAACCUCAACAACUGUAUGCUCUUGUUAAGCAGAGCUCAGUUUCCCAAUCGGUAGCUAUCGGUCGCCUAAAUAAUAUCAGAUUUUAAUUUUAAAUUUGGAAAAAAAGUAACAAGUAAAAAUUAUUUUCCAAACCCAAAAAAACUAAAAUGCUCAGCUCAAUGAAUAAUCGUGCGGCGGUGAAUGUGUACUUAACGAGUGGCAGGACCUCCGAGGAUCUGUCGCGUCUCGAGCUACUGGAUUGGGUCAACGAGAGCCUUAAGGCUCAGUUCACCAAGAUCGAUGAGCUGUGCACCGGCGCAGCCUAUUGUCAAUUCAUGGACAUGUUGUUCCCAAACAUUAUUAACAUGGAUCGCGUUAAGUGCUUUACCAACGAAGAGACCGAUUUCAAACAGAACUUUAAGAUACUCGAAGCUAGUUUCAAAAAGAUGUCCGUGGACAAGCAAAUACCCAGCGAGAAGCUAAUCAAACGAUGCUUCCAACACCAUUUGCAGUUUCUAAAGUGGUUUAAGAAAUUCUUUGACGCAAAUUACGAGGGCAGGAGCUAUGAUCCCAGAGCAGUCCGCGGUGGUGCCCCCAUGGGCUUUGGAGCUGAAUCAAUUUCGGUGAAUUUCUUGGCCAGCACUACUCCGUUCCCUAUCCAAGGACGUCAUUCUACAUCUAAUUCGGCAAGGAAGUCUUAUUGGGAGCAAGUCAAACCGGGGACAUCCGAAAAAGUGACACCAAUGCAGAUGCAGGAGACCGGGGAAGGUCAAGAGUGCUUGGCCAAGAAAAUGUCCCACUUGAAGCUAAGACGAACUCAAAGUUGGUAGAAGCCAGAUCCAGGGAUACCCAAGGACUUAAAUACUGCUUUCCAACACUAAUCGAGUUCUUCUUUUCGAAUUAAAUACUGGUUUCCUUAAUGGAAUAUUGUUUACCCUUCAGAGGGCUAUUUCCAAAUUAACAACUGUUUCCACCUCAAAAUGCACUUGACAUUUAAAUUUCUUGUAACAAUUAUAAACAACAAAUUAAAAAAAGAAAAAAGUUGGCAUUAAAUCUAAU